UCUCUCUCUGGAUUCGCGGCGUCAAAAUCAUUACCUUUUUCUGACUGGACAGAGACAAGUAUGCUGUCUCCCACCCCCCUCUCCCUCUUUUGCGCUCUGCUGCUCUGCUUACCCCUCGCCGUUGUCUUCACCGUCAAAAACCCCACCGCCUCAACCACCACCAUCAACAUCGAUAGCAAUGAAAACCCACCAACCAUUUUCGUACCCAUUACUCAUAGUACCAAAAACAACCAGGAAAUGGAGCUCAAACAAUCCACCGCUGCACCACCAUUACCGCCGCCAAACGAUGACGAGCCACUCUUGCGUGUUGCAUCGCUAGUGAACCCGAAGCCCUGGCCACCCACUUCACCAAAAAAGCUAGCUUUCAUGUUCCUAACCACUGUUCCUCUCCCAUUUGCGCCCCUUUGGGAGCUUUACUUAAACCAAACCAGCAAAACCCUCUUCAACAUCUACAUCCACGCCGACCCCACCAACCGCUAUAACCCGCCAUUCGCAGGUGUGUUUGCUCACCGAGUCAUACCCUCCAAACCCGCCAGCCGAUUCACCCCAACUCUCGUCUCGGCGGCGCGUCGCUUGCUAGCUCACGCGCUUCUUCACGACCCCUCCAAUGCCAUGUUCGCCCUCCUCUCUCCUUCCUGCGUACCCCUCCACUCCUUCAACUUCACUUACAGGACUUUGAUAAGUUCCAAGAAGAGCUUCAUUGAGAUCCUGAAGAACGAGGGGAGCGCUUACGGUAGGUGGGCGGCGCGUGGGGAGGACGCGAUGCUGCCGGAAGUGAGGCUGGAGGACUUUCGGAUAGGGUCGCAGUUUUGGGUACUGACACGUAAGCACGCGAGGCUUGUCGUGCGUGACCGCAGGCUUUGGUCCAAGUUCAAGCUACCGUGCGUGCGGUAUGACACGUGUUACCCCGAGGAGAACUACUUUGCCACACUGCUCAGCAUGCGGGACCCGCGGAGGUGCGUGCCAGCGACGCUCACGCACGUGGACUGGAGGGGCCGGUUCGAUGGUCACCCUCGCACGUACGAGGCGUCUGAGGUGGGACCCGAGUUGGUCUUGUCAUUGAGAAAGGACCGGCCUAGGUACGGCGAUGAUGGAAGAAACGGUUCUGAUUCGUCUGUGACCAAACGGCACGACCCGUUUUUGUUUGCGAGAAAGUUCUCCUUCGACUCCAUCCAACCGUUGAUGAGAAUAGCCAAUGACGUCCUAUUCAAAGAUUAAUGGCGUUGUUGUAAAUUUUGUGAAUUUUAUAUAUAAUUGUGUAAAGAGAUUUGGAAAAAACAAAGGCCUGGUGGUUUGUCAGUUGUCA